AUAACAUCUUCGGCUUUGCCUGCGGUUUCCAUCUACUGGAGCAUGUCUACCUCAGUUGGUGUCUGACCCUAAUAUCACCCGAUUUCACCCGAUCUCCUCCAAAUAUUCAAGGCAAAAAUGGUGUCUACCAACGGCAUGCAUCCUUCGGCGGCAACCAAUGAAAUCAGUCGUAUCUCUGUGCUAGAGCAAGAUAUUCCAUUAUUGAGCUUGAUGACCAUAAUCCGUGAUACGAACACGCCGGAUCGCCAGUUUUGUUCCGCGGUGGAAAAGGUAGCGCGACGACUUAUCACAUUAGCCUUGAAAUAUGUUCCCCACGAGAAAUAUACAAUUCAGACGCCCACAAACACCCCAUAUCAAGGGGUGCGCUUUACCAAAGCUGUGUGUGGUGUGAGCAUUCUCCGGGCCGGAGCCAGUAUGGAACAUGUUUUGCGAGAAACGUGGAUGGGCUCUUUGAGCUUUGGAAAGCUGCUCAUCCAGAGAGACGAGGAAACCAGUCUCGCAAGUAUCUAUUAUUCCAAGCUCCCUCGUAGCAUCGUAAAUGACGUCGUUCUAUUGCUCGAGCCUAUGCUAGCAACGGGAGGAUCGGUGAUAAAAGCCGUUGAGACACUCAUUGAGAAUGGUGUGGCUGAGGAGUCAAUUGUUCUGGUGAACGUUCUAUCCUCAAAGAAAGGGAUCGAUGUUGUUUCGACAAGAUUCCCGUCCCUAAAUAUUGUGACAGCGGCGAUUGACCCAGAUCUAACACCUCAGAACUACAUUAGUCCUGGUUUGGGGGAUUUCGGAGAUAGAUUCUAUGGUACAUGCGAUUAGAUACCCAAAGCAAGCUGCGUUUAAACACCGGGGUUUUGGUUGAAUUUGUACGGUUAGGUAUAUUAUAUUAUUUUAGCACACAUAUAUCUACUGC